AUGAAUGAUAUAGAAAGAGCAUUAGAUGACUCAAAUUAAGCAAUCCAACUUGAUCCUCAAAAGAGUUUAUUUUACAUUAACAGAGGUGAAGUAGUAAUUGAAUUUAGGUGUAAUUCAUCAAAAAACGGUGGAUAAAUCAAAAGCAUUAGAUGAUUAUAAUUAAGCAAUUAAUCUUAAUUCUGAAGAAUCUGAACCAUAUUUCAAGAGAGGUUAGUUAUUUCGAUUAAUAUUAGGGAUUUUAUAUGAAGAAAUUGGUUAAAAAGAAAAUGCAUUAAUGGAUUAUACUUAGGCAAUAGAACUUAAUUCCUAUUCACUGAAGAUAUACAUUACCAGAGGUGAUAUAUUAUUCUGA